AUGAAAUUCUCCAACAAAAAGGAUUUAUCCCAGAAUGUGCGUAUCAAGGCGUACGCCCAGACCUGUGACAUCAGAUUUAAGACGUCUUCUUCUCCUCCUCUGAAGUCGGUCCACUUCCCCAACGACGUCCUCUUCCUGGACUACGUGAGACACGGAGAGCUGGAGCGGAUCGGACGAUUCCUCAGAGCUGGAAGAGUCGACCUGGACACCGUCUACCUCUCAGGCAUGGCGGCGCUCCACGAGGCGGUCCUCUCGGGGAACCUGGAGACGGUGAAGCUGCUGGUGGAACACGGAGCAGACGUCCAUCAGAGGGACGAGGAGGGCUGGACGCCGCUGCACAUGGCCUGCAGCGACGGCUUCCCUCACAUCGCACGGUUCCUCCUCUCUGUGGGAGCUGACCCUCAGCUGGAGAACGACUGUGGAGAGAAACCAGCUGAUCUCAUCGAGGAGGACAACAAGGAGCUGCUGGAGCUGAUGGGACUCUAGAUCCUCAUCCACUACAGACUCGAGAUCCUGAACCUGAUCUUCUAGAUCCUGAU